UUAUUAGAUGUCAAUGACUUUCAAAAAUUCGAUUCUUUGCGGAACAUUGGCUGCGCAUGCGUACUUUUUUCCCCCGAACUGCUGUUUUGGUUAAUACGGAUUUGCCGAAAACUUCAAUUUUAUAAUGAACUACCAGCUUUACAGGGCUUCCACGCUGGGCACUACGCUUCAGGCGACUUUGGAUGAAAUGGUGCACUGCAACCUUUUAUCCAAUGACUUGGCUCAUAAGGUUUUACUAAAAUACGACAAGAGCAUCAGCGCAGCUUUGAGCAAGCGAGUCAAGAACAAAAUGCAAUUUAAGGCCGAAAAGUUGUCAAACUUUAGAUACUGUGACAACGUCUGGACCUUACUGCUCAAGAAUGUGGAGUUCCGCGAUGGACCGGAGGUUUUGCAGGUGGAUUUGGUAAAAAUUGUGGCCUGCAUGGGGUAAAGCCAAUAAAAGCUGUUCAAAACUGCG